AACGACAUAUAAUUUGGAAUAGGAACAGACAGAGUAUUUCUAUUCGAGGCUGGUGUAUCUUCAGGCUAUUUUUGGUUGUUCUUGCUGAGGGCAACCGCGUAAUUGUUUGCGCCAGCAGAGGCUACAGCGGAGAGGGUAUUUACGUCCACCGGCUCCUCCUGUGAUGGAGAGACACAAAGCACUGAAGCAGGGGAGAGCAGGCAGAGAGAGAGAGAGAGAGAGAGAGAGUAGAGCAGAGCAGGCAGCCUCGAUCAAACCCACAGGCGCUCCGCCAUCGAAACCACCAGCUCCGGACGCGAACCACCGCGGCAGCAACGCGUUCCAGGAGCCCCUAGGCCGUACGGUCCGCGCAUGCAGGAGCUCAAGCCCGUCCCCGGCAUGGCGGGGCGGCUGUUCGGCGCCGGCGCGGCCGCCAACGGCGGUUCCUCGGAGGCGGCGCAGCAGGAGGCUCGCAAGGUGCGGUGCCCGCGGUGCGAGUCGCCCAACACCAAGUUCUGCUACUACAACAACUACAACCUCGCGCAGCCGCGCCACUUCUGCAAGGCCUGCCGCCGCUACUGGACCAAGGGCGGCCACCUCCGCAACGUCCCCGUCGGCGGCGGCUGCCGCAAGCACAAGCCCAAGCGCCCCACUGCAGCAGCCGUCGACGGCUCGGACAGAAACGGAAAGAUCCGACACUCUGGCUGCGCCGGCGCCAGCUCCAGCCCCGCCGCCGACGGCGACGCGCCGGUGUCGAGCGUGUUCUCUGUUGUGACCGAACCGAGCGGCAUCAGCAGCGGCCCCAGCAGGAGCGUCGCGGAGGCUGGCGCCGGCACCGCCAGCUGCGCGGCCGGCGACAUGCGGACGCUGCUCGUGCCCCCGCCGGCGCCGGUGUUUUCCGACCAGGCGGCCGUGUUCGCGUCGCUCUUCGCGACGCCGCGGCCUCUCCCGGCCUUCAGUAGUUCAUCUGCGCAUUCCAUGGCAGAGGAGCGCGUUGCCACUUCGCUUGCGGAGCAGCAGUCGCUGGAUUCCGAUGCGGCCGCCGCAGGCACAGCGCCGUUCUCCGGCUCCGCACGACCGGACGGUGCGCUUGCGGCUGGAGCAUCCGACUGGCCGACGGCAGCGUCCGGCGCAGGGGUAUUCGAGCUAGCGGGAGGCAUCGCCGGUGACGCGUCGCUGCCGGAGUACUGGAACCCAGAAAGCUGGACGGACCCGGACCCGGACCCGACCAUCUAUCUGCCGUAGCGUGUGAUGUGCUUAAUCGUCGUGUCACUGAUCAUAUAGUUGGUUCAUUCUUGUACUUAAAAAUCCUGGUCCAACAAAUCUUAAUGGCUUCUUCUGAUAAUAACACAAUCCUUUUCAAUA